UCUCAGCAUAGAGGCUUCUCUUGUCCCCAUCCCAUACUAGAUUCAGGACUGUUUUUCCACCACCAGUGGCAACAUGGCAAAGCCAAUGGAACUUGAGCUGAAGAAUGUGAAGCUGAGAGCUGGAGACCAGUUGAAAGUGGAGGGGAGGAUUCUGCCUGAGGCGAAGGGGUUCCAGAUAGAACUGGGCCGUGACGAAGAUCACCUGGCGCUGCACUUCAACCCCCGUUUCAAGGACGACACGGACGGUGCUGUGCUUGUGUGCAACUCAAAGAUUGACGGCUGCUGGGGUCACGAGGAGAGAGAGAAACACAGUGACCUCCAACGGGGUUCUACUUUCAAGAUUGUCCUGAAGCUGACCGGAGACGUGUUUGAAGUGGAGAUGCCUAAUGGACAUGAGAUCAAGUUCCCCAAUCGUUCCGUCCUGGACGUCAUUACCUACGUUCGCGUCAGAGGGGACUUAAAGCUCACAGCCUUUAAGAUCUACUAAAGAGACCCAUAAUAUCCACCUUGUGUAGCCUGGCAACAACGGCACAGCCAAUUUGUUGCGUUUGCCUUCCAAUUUCCGGUGCAUUCCGGCCCAAUGACACACAAGCAAGUG